UGAGUUACUUUUGUAUUUAUAUUAGUAAAGAUUAUAGUAAUUCCGGCUCCCCCUCUUUAGCUGAUAACCGACCAGCACUAUCAUAGUGUGUUAUCACCGUGUUAACCUGCGAGAUUAUAAUGAUACGUUCGGGCAUGGCCAGUUAUACCUAAUUAGGCGCUUGCAAAACCGUCGGUCAUGCAUGCGCUUAUUAUUCAUUCGCCAGUCAUAUACAGUUGACCCGUGGACUUGCAGAAGGCACAAUCGAAAUGUAAUUUCAUUUUGACGCGUCUUUUCCCUAUACCCUUUGCAGUUUUAGUUACAAGUUAUAUUGAGGGAUCCGUUCUUUGCGUGUCUUGCUCCCGGUUUUUUUUAGUUAAGAAUAGUGGACUAAUCAUUUUGGUGGGUAGAAAGAUAUUAUUGUGAUGCGCGCGAGUGGCAAGUGGGUGGUGCUAUGGUCGCUGUGGGCGGCGCGGCUGGUGCGGCAGCCGACGCCGCCGGUGCCCGUUAGCGGCGGCUGGCUGCGCGGCUCCGUCUCUGCUGAUGGCUCUUACGCACAGUACUCCGGCGUGCCUUAUGCCGUCAACCAGGAUAGGUUUCAGGCACCUGCACCGGCGCCCACCUGGGAUGGAGUGGUAGACGCCAUAAACGAGCACAUCCGAUGCACGCAGUCAGGAGGAUUCUCGGGCGGCAUAGUGGGCCAAGACGACUGCCUAACACUCAACAUCUACACACCCUUACACAACUCCCAAUCUAGCCCACUCCCAGUCAUGGUCUUCAUUCACGGUGGAGGUUUUAUCGAAGGAUCAUCCACCAAGAGCAUAUACGGCCCUGACUACUUAAUGAGUAAAGGAGUAGUGCUGGUUACGAUCAACUACCGACUUAACGUUGAAGGUUUCCUCAACUUGGGAAUCAAAGAAGCGCCUGGAAAUGCUGGCAUGAAAGACCAGGUGGCAGCUUUGAGAUGGGUACAAAAAAAUAUAAGAGCGUUCGGUGGCGAUCCCGACAACGUCACCAUUUUUGGGGAGAGCGCAGGAAGCGCAUCAGUCUCCUACCAUGUCCUAUCUCCUAUGUCCAAAGGCUUGUUCCACAAGGCUAUAUUACAAAGUGGCUCGUCACUUUCCAGUUGGUCAUUCCAGCACGAUCCAUUUGACGCAGCUAUUAGUAAAGCAAAGAAUGUGGGGUAUACUGACUUAUCUGAAAAUGCUCUAGAUUUAUACAAGUUUUUCAUGAGCAAAACAUCCAGGGAACUUUUAGAAACAAGAGUUCCAAAAACAGAGGGAGAUCUUGUGAUAUCGCGACUACUAUUUACGCCGAGUGUAGAGCAAAAAAUUGAAGGUGUUGAGCCAUUUUUGACUGAAACUCCAUAUAAAAUUCUGUCCGAAGGCAGAUACAAUAAAGUCCCUUUGAUAAUCGGGUCUAAUUCUGACGAAGGGUUGUUAUUCAUGAAUAUGGAAACAGACGAUGAUAUAAAGAAUUUAAAAUUUGAAGUAGCUUUGCCAAAAAAUUUGAUCUUCCCGUCUGUUGAUGAACGGAAAAAAUUGGCUGAUGAAGUCCAUAAACUUUAUUUGGGAGAUGAUGAGAUUACCGUAGAUAACAGGGCUAAGCUGUCCAAGUUUGCUGGUGAGCCGUUUUUCAACUAUUUCGCGGCAGAAGAGACGAGUUUGAUCAUGAAGACGACCGACAAGCCCGUCUAUCAUUACCUCUUCGACUAUGACGGAUGGAAGAACGUUAUCAAACUGUCUGCGAGUAGCUCGUUGAAGAAGCUGAAGGGCGCAUCGCACGCCGACGAACUCUUCUAUCUGUUCAGCCAACUACCCUCGAUGUUUGAGAACAAAAUGAUCGAGGUGAUGACGACGUUGUGGACAAAUUUCGCUAAAUACGGGGACCCUACGCCAGCUGUGACAGACCUCCUCCCCGUAAAGUGGCCAGCAGUGAGGACGGAGGACCAGCGGGCCCUGGUCAUAGACAAGGAGCUCAGCAUCAGCCCCAUAUGGCAAGACCGGCUGCUGUUCUGGAGGGAUGCUUAUGCCAAAUACCGAAGAAAAUGAUCUAAACGUCAUAGCUUAAGGACUUAACUUGUGUGCUUAGUUGUGGUGUUCAGCAUUUAAAGGCAGUGGAAAUACAGUUCCCACCAUAUUUUGAAACUUAUUGGCUUGUCGUAUCGUAUGGACCAAAAUGAAAAAUGUGUUUUUGUCAUGACUGUUAAAAGGUUAACUCGUGUUUAGGAACUCGAUUUUGGUUCUACCUCACCUGUAUCAUGGUUACGAAAUGUGCAAGGAAGAUAGUAAGAUCCAAUACAGCUAAAU